UAAAAUAGCUAUGGGUGCAUCACAUUCGCUCACAUUGUUUCCAAAAUGGCGGACAUGGGUGAAGAUCAGAUCACGACGUACAAAGCACAAUUACAGCAGGUAGAAGCAGCUCUAACCACAGACCCCAACAAUGAAGACUUGUUAAAACUCAAACAGGACUUACAGGAAGUGAUAGACUUGUCGUUAGACUUGGCGAAGGCUGGACAGAGCGGUGCAGGUCCGUCCGGUGAGGGCGCCACCCCACAGCCGGUGAAGGAAUGGCAGGUGGGAGACACGUGUAUGGCACCGUGGAGCGAGGAUGGCGGUUUCUAUGAGGCCACAAUAGAUGAAAAGUUGGACGGAGGAAGAGUUACAGUCACAUUUGAAGGCUGGGGUAACAGUGAAAUAGCACAGGACUACCAGCUGAAGUUACCAGAGGAGUCUAACAAAAGAACAGCCUCAGAAGCAGGGCUGGGGGGCGACUGGGACAAACCAAAAUCAAAGAAAGAGAUGCUGAAAGCGAAACAAGAGUACAAGAAGAAGAAGAACAUGAAGAAAGCCCUCCGACUCAAGGAGAUCGAAGAAGCCAGAGAACAAGAGAAGAACAAGUGGCAAGACUUUAACAACAAGGCGUUCCACAAGGGCAACAAGAAGGGCAAGGUGAAGAAGAGUAUAUUUGCUUCCCCAGAGUCCGUAGACGGGCGGGUUGGUGUGGGCACAUGUGGAAUAGCAGACAAGCCGAUGACCAAGUAUGAAGCCCCGCCACAGUACGCCAGAUUCCUGCCCCCUCAGUAACACAUCUACAUCCCGUUACACUACAACAUGUCUACAUGUCAUACCAGACCAUUUUCAGCACAUUAGCAAAACCCUGAUUUUUUAUGUCUACGUUGGAUAUUUGGUCAACGUUGCAUCAGAAUUUCGCCUGUUGCAGAAGAUAUCUUUUCCGACAUAACAUUUGGAAACUACAGACGGGAUGUUAACCUUGUAUGCGCAUAUAUGACCUUACAUGAGACGUUCUGCCGAAGUGCUAUGUACAAUACAUGGGUUUCGUGCAAGUGCAGUACGUUCUGGCGACAUGUUCCAAUUUUCCAUCUUUUUCCCAGGCACUGAAGAGAGCUUUCUUUUUCUUUUUUUCAUUCUGUCCCAAAAUCAGAUUUUUUUGAGAAAUAAAGUUGUGUUCCAAUGUACGUUAUUUUUUCAGUCAGCAGCAAUCAUAGAUUUUGUCCUAAACUUCAAGCACAAUUGUCUUUUUCCUCUUCCUUCUUCAAAACAUUGGAUUUUAAUUCCUUGUCUACAUAUACUUUAACAAAGCCAGAAAGUAAACUAUUUUUUCUUAAACUUUAGUCAAAAUAUACAACUGCUGUUGUCCAAAGCUCAAUUUUGUUAAUGAUCAUCGUUAUUUUUGACUGAAGAAGUAAAAGUUUUGACAUCACACUUGUUAGACACACAUACAGUUAAAGAGGUAAGUCAGUUAAGCAUGUAGUUUUGAUAUUGAACUAGAAAUGAUAUUUUUCCAUCAUGAUUUUGUUCGGUUACAGUUAAUACUUGUGUACAUACAUGUAGUGUCCAUCCUAGGGUUAAAACUGGGUAACAUAAAGUUGAUUCUAUGUAAAAGGUGUAUGUCAAAUUUUGAUCAUACUAGAAUGAGAAUAUGUUGGAAUUGUGACAUUGCAAAACUAGGAUAACUUGGUACAUGUAUACAUCAUCAGUGGUUCGGUCUCUUAUAAUGUCUAUAGAUUCUUCAACUUUGUGUGGCCCAAAGAAAUGUUGUUAAAACAUGUUACUGUUAAGUUCAUGUUAAUAACUGUAAACUCUAUGUACUUCUACUUGUACUUACUUAUGUACAAUGCAGAAAUGUACAGUUUAGCUGUAUAAACUGGCUGUCGAUGUGUUAUUGUUGUCCAUACUUACAUGUAUAGGCACUGAGAUUGCUUUGCUCCCAGUGUUACGCAACUGGUACAUUGUAAUUACCUUUUUUGUUUAAAACCAAUGGCCCCUCAUAGUUAACUGUUGUGCCCCCCUCCCCACACACAUACAUGUACACAGCAUUGUAGCCCCUCAUACUAUAGUUACAAUGUAACUGUUGUGCCCCCCACCCGCACACAUGUACACAGCAUUGUAAGCAUAGCCCCAGUAUUCAGAUGUGUCAGUAUCUGUUGUCAGUGAUACAUUUUGUGGCCGACUUGUCCUGUAAAUAAUGCUCUAAGAUAUCCAGCCUCCUGUAUAUGUAAGUGACCUUAUUUGUUUCAUAUAUGGAGUGUAAUAAAAAAAGUACAGACU